CCAAGUAACGCCUACUCCUUCUCAUGGCCUCAAGUCACAAGACCUUCUCCGCCUCGUCGUCCCUUCCUUCGCCUUCGUCCGCGAUCGUGCUUAGCCCUUGCGCGGCCUGUAAGCUCCUACGUCGACGAUGUACGGACAAGUGUAUGCUCGCCCCUUACUUUUCGCCCUCGGACCUUCAAAAGUUCACUAAUGUCCAUCGUAUCUUUGGUGCAAGCAAUAUCAUCAAAGUUUUACAGGAAAUUCCCCUGAGUCAACGGGCGGACGCCGUGAGCAGUAUGGCGUACGAGGCCGACGCCCGAGUCCGGGACCCGGUGUACGGCAGCGCCGGCUCUGUUUUCCGGCUGCAGAAGAAGGUGGACGAGCUCCGAACUCAGCUCGCGCGCGCGCAGGCGGAGGCCAUCAACGCCCACACCCACAACGCCAACCUCGUCGCCCUCCUUCGCCGCCGGCGCACGACGUGCCGCUACUCGGCCACCACCACCAUCGUCGCGGCCUCGCCGCCGGCGACAACUCCACUCUGCUUCCUAGACGAGGAGCCCUCAUUCUUCCUCGACGACGACGACGCCUGCCGUGGUGCCGCUCAGGGAGCGGCGCCGCUUUGGACGUGAUCACUGCGACGACUAAUAGAGUUAGCUAUGGAUUAAUCGUUUUAAUUAGUUAGAUAAUCAUGAUUAAGUGAGGCAGAGGAUAAUUUGUUUAUGUCAUAAUAAU